GGGCGGAGCGGACUGGCGCCGGGAGAUUCGAGCCCGACGGCGGAUCUGCUACACUGUAUUAACAGCUCCGUGAAGUGGAAGUAACCCGUGAACACACGGCAGCUGGACCGUUUGGAUUUACUUCUUUGACUUGCUGCUGCCAUGCCGUUAGCUCGUGAGGAGAUCAGCAGCUGGUAAACCCUCACAGAUGGAGGCCAUGGAGGUAGAUGCUCCUGUGGAGCUGCAACCAGAGGGUGGCGCUGCAGCUGCUGCAGGUGUGGCUGAGAACGCCAACGCUCCACUCAUCAUCGCAGACUCUGGCAGCAGCACCGAAGUGGAUGAAGAUGAUGAUGAUGAUGACAGCACAGAGGGACAGGCGGCGGCUCAAGCUCCUCCAAGGCUUCCUGCCACUUGGGCAUUUAGUCAGAGGGCGGUGGGUGGGGCUACAUCUACACCACCCAUCCGGAGGAGAGUCAGACAGGGUCUCAGAGUACACUAUCCGAGCCAGACCGCAGCGCCCUCCAGAGGCUUUCCAGACUUCCUGCUGCGAGCGCCGGCUGCCAGCGUGGCAGAGCCGGAGUCUGGCAGCACCACAGAGGUCAGUGAGUCUGAGGAUGAGGCAGAGGCGGAUGAAGAAAGCACGGCUGCUGCUGCAGAGGCCGUCGACCCCGCCCCCCCGGCGGGCUCUGACCUCAGCGCUGCUGUCCAAACCUCUCAACCGCAGGAAGCCAGCACGACCAACUCCAGCGCAGCUGCAGACGCUGAGAGGGCAGAAGCUCAAAUUCAGGCUGUUCAGGCACCCCCGGCAGCUGUGCCACCGGUCCAGGUGCCUCCCAGCGAGGAGAGCGAAGGCGACACCUGCACCAUCUGCUUUGAAGUGUGGACGACGGCCGGGGAGCACAGGCUCGCCGCCCUGCGGUGCGGUCACCUGUUCGGUUACACCUGUAUCCAGCGCUGGCUGAAAGCUCAGAGCCCAGCUGCUAAAUGCCCACAGUGCAACAAGAAAGCAAAGCGCUCAGACAUCGUGCUCCUGUAUGCACCGAAACUGAGAGCGCUGGACAACUCUGAGCAGGAGAGCUUAAAGAAAUCUCUGCAGCAGGAGCAGGAUCGCAGGAAGAAGGCUGAAGUGGAGUCGGCUAAUUACAAAAUCAAACUGCAAGCAGUCACCAGCCAAUACGGGCAAGCACAGAAGGAGCUGCAGGAGCUGAGAGCCCUCAUAGCUCAGAACGGCAGGAGCCUGAAUCCCUGUUCUUCCCCCUCCGCGUCCUCGUCUGCCUCCCAUUUCCUCAGCGCGUCUCAGAGGGCGGACGGCUCCAGGUCGGCUCCGUACAGCUUCUUCAAGGCGGUGCUGGUGUCUCAGGCCGGAGGCUGCAGAGUUUUAUCCUACUGUGAAUCUAUGAGCUGCCUGCUGGCCUCACAGCCGUCGCCUCACGCCACACUGGUGCCCGGCUUCGGGGUGAAGAAGGUGAGUGUGGUGAACAUGAAGGCGAAUCAGUACAUUCCCAUCCACAGCAAACAGAUCCGAGGUCUGUCCUUCAACAGCCACAACAACAACGUGCUAUUGUCUGCUGCGCUGGACAACACCAUCAGACUGACCUGCCUGCAGACCAACGCGGUGGUUCAGACCUAUAAUACAGGUAAACCAGUGUGGAGCUGCUGCUGGUGUUUGGACAACACCAGCUACAUCUACGCCGGCCUGAGCAAUGGCUCGGUGCUCAUCUACGACGUCAGAGACACCAGCACGCACGUGCAGGAGCUCGAGCCGCUGCGCUCCAGGUGUCCCGUAGCGUCUCUGUGCUACGUCCCGCGGGCGGCCUCCAGCUCGUUCCCCUGUGGCGGGCUGAUCGCCGGCUCUCUGGAGGGCGGGUGUUUCUGGGAGCAGGUGAACGAGACCACCUACAGGCCACACGUCCUCCCCCUGGAGACCUCCGGCUGCACGGACAUCCAGGUGGAGGCGGAGAGCCGACACUGCCUGGUCACGUACAGGCCCGGACGCUCGAAUCCGUCUCUGCGCUGUGUCCUGAUGGCGCUGUCCCGGACCCCCCAGCAGGACUCGAGUCAGCUGCCCAGCUGCUCCUGCUCGCCGGUGCAGACAUUCAGUGUCGGCUCGUCCUGCAAACUGCUCACCAAGAACGCCGUCUUCAGGAGUCCAGACGGAGGCGGGACGCUGGUCUGUGCUGGGGACGAAGCCUCCAACUCCACCAUGGUGUGGAACGCCGGCAGCGGCGUCCUGCUCCAGAAACUUCCGGCCGACCUGCCGGUGCUGGACAUCAGCCCGUUCUCUGUGAACGGCACGCACUUUCUGGCAUCACUUACGGAGAAAAUGUUGAAGGUCUACAAGUGGGAGUGACCUGGGAGGAUGGAGUGACCCACAAAGGUCAGUCCCACGAGGAGAGCUCACGUCUGUGUGGAGCUGUGGGAAAAGUAAUGCUGCUAAACUUACCUGUACGUUUACACUGCUGAACAGAUUACUGAGCGAUCGGCCCGAGGAGGCAUUUCACUCAUCGCUUCUUCUUUUUUAAGCUGCUCAGAUUACACACACAGAGUAAUAUGAUUGUGUUUUCGUGAGCCAAAGAUCAGAUUAAUAAUGUCUUUGUGAAGAACACAUGAAUGUAGCCAAAGCAUCCAUCGCUGCAGGACUCCCUGAUCCUCCAGAAAUUCAGCAGAAAGCAGCUUUUUGUUGGCCUCUUCAGCCUUUCAGUUCUUCAUGUCUCACAAACAGUUCAUCCCUGCGGCUCGUUCCCAUCGGAUUCGUUACUUCGGUUGGAUUUUCUUCCCUCUGAUGCGGAUCAUGAAGUGCCAAAGUAGUUAACGGUUGUCUUUUUAAAGGAACAUGUAUAUAUGUAUAUUUGCUGCCAGCUGUUUGUGUAUGCCUUCAAAAGUUAAUAAAAACAUGUUAUUUUUAAAUAAAGGCAAAGUUUAUCCUGCUGUGUAAAAUCUGAUUUUAACACGUCCGUGUUAUUUAGGUUUUCUGUUCCAGAUCAUCUGCUGUAGAAACGUUAUCAAACAUUCAGACGAUGACUUUGGGUUCCUCCGUGUCAGAGACGUUAAACCGAUGCUCUUCACUGAAACCAUGACAUCAUGAUACUGAGGCUCAGAGCUGAGUUCAUCUUUAGAGCGUGACCCUUAUACAGUGAUGACCCU